AUGGUUCUGCUAGAGAAGCUGUGGGAUGAUGUUGUGGCUGGCCCUCAACCUGAGCAUGGCCUUGGCAGGCUUAGGAAGAUCACCAGCUCCCAACCCCUGAGUAUCAAGGGUGUAGAUGAAGGAAGCAUGUCCCACGGGACAAUGUCUAUGCCGGGGACACCGACAACCCCAACAACACCUGUGUCAGCGCGUAAAGUUGACAGCGUUUGGAGGAGCGUGUUCCAUCCUGGAAGUAACUCGGCCACAAAGAGUAUUGGUGCUGAGAUGUUUGAUAAACCACUACCCAAUUCUCCCACUGUCUAUGACUGGCUCUACAGCGGUGACACAAGGAGCAAGCAUCGCUGA